AUAUUGUUUUGGUUGCUGAUACCGUAUUGCUCGGCUGCAAGUUCUAAAGAAGUUGAAAAACUUUACGAAGACAAGAUCUUCCCGAUAAAUCCAAUGAUAUUGCCAGUGAAAAAUCAGUCUCAUGUUGUGGAAGUGAAAUUUAAGGUCCAUAUCGGGGCUAUCAUUGACUUUGAUGAGCUGAUUCAGAAGAUCUCGGUAACGAUGUGGUUGGAGGUGUAUUGGCAUGAUGAGCAAAUUUCCUGGAAUGAAACUGAUUAUGGUGGAGUCACGAAGAUUUAUCCACACCCUGAUGAUGUAUGGAGACCCAAUUUGGCAUACAGUAACAGCUUUUCCGGGACUCGAACGAUAGGCAAUGAAUUUGUGAUGCUGAUAGCAGAGAGUAGUGGAAAGGUUAUUUGGUCCCCUAGUUCUAAGAUGGAAACAUUUUGCAAAGUGGAUAUUGAAUUGUACCCGUUCGAUACUCAAUAUUGUGAGUUUGAUUUCUUCAACUGGGGAACAGUUUAUGGCGAGCUGGCCCUCUCAACCUUUGAUGAAGGAAUGGUACUGGAUUCCUACACAGCAAAUGGCGAAUGGGAUCUGAUUGGCUUUAGCGUUCGAGAUUACGUUCGGUCUUACAGUAAUGGAUCGAUCUUAAAACCUCAUGCGGCAAUCACCAUCAGCAUAAAGAGACGUGCCUCUGUUGUCGUAUUGACAGUGCUGCUUCCAGUACUUCUACUAGCUUUCCUGAACAUCUUCACUUUCGUGAUCCCAGCAGAGAGUGGGGAGAAGUUGUCUUUUGGUGUCACCAUCUUGUUGUCCUUAGCUGUGUUCCUGAGUUACAUCAAUUCUAUGAUGCCGCAGACGUCUGAGAGU